AUGCUUACAAAUUUUGCCCUAUCCUGCUUGGCCCUUCUGUUCUCAGUCCAUGCUCUCGCUGCCAAGCAAUGCUUUGCCCCUGAUGGGUCCAUUAUCAGCGACCAAAUAUACCAGCCAUGCAUUCAGAUUGAGGGAGUAGAAUCAAUGUGUUGUAAUCUAAACAGCACCACACCAGAUACAUGUCUUUCGAAUGGGUUAUGCUUAGCCAGCCCUGCCAGCAUUUUCCCUAAUACCCACUGGAGGGUGUUCUGUACCGAUCAGAACUGGAAUAGCUCGAACUGUUUAAACAACACAAUAUGUGAUGCUGCACAUGGAGGAAAUUCAAAUUGGACAGCCCGUGUUUCAAAAUGUGCAGACGGAACAUAUUGCUGUGGUCCAGACCAGAAGUGCUGUUCCACGAAUACCUUCACACUCGAACCCACACUUGUCGCGAUGGGAAAUAUAUCAGAAAAUGUGACCCACAUACCCGAGUCGACGUCUACAAAGGUCGCCAUUGGAGUGGGAAUUGGGGUUCCAAUGGCUGUUCUGUCGGUUGCCACGCUCGUGCUAGGCUACUGCUGGGGGAAAAGGAAGGCAGAAGCGCGGUGCCAGUCCACCCAGCAUGAUGGACAUGUGUUACCACGCAUUGAUACUACAAAGCCAACACCAGUGUUUGAGGUAUCGGCUGUUCCUCGACGGCCGGCUGAGCUUUCCAGUUGA